UAACUUUAAUAGCUGAAAAGAAUAUUGUCUUUUGAAAAAUAUGAAUAAAUAUUAUGUAUCAUUUUUAUCAGCUUUGAUAGCAUUUGGCUGUAAUAUGGAAAUUGUGGAAUCUUCAAACAAAUGGAUCAUUUGCAGGCCUGUCCCAACUAAUAUAACUUGCGUCAAAGAAAAUGGCAGUACAGUUUAUACGAUAACGGAUUAUGUACAAGAUGUUAUUAACGACUACAUAGAUGACCCAAACUAUUACAUUGAAUCUAUAGAUUCAAAUUUGUGGAUGGGAUUAAUUUCUAUUGGUUUAUCAAACUUGGAAAUAGGGGUACGAUCAAAAGUAGAGGAGCGAUUUGGAAUUGAACAGUUCAUUAUACCAGGUUUCAUAGUACAAUAA